CCGACUCUUACACACCAACCGCGUACCCAUAUACACGUACACGAACCCUUAAACACAUACAAAGCCAUACACACAAUGCCGCACGCGGGAGCUGAAGCAUUGAAAGGCGAAGGCAACGCCUUCUUCAAGGCGGGUUCGUACCAGGAAGCCAUUGACAAGUACUUGGCGGCGACCAAGUUGGACCCUUCCGUCCCGGCGUACUGGUCCAACAUGGCGGCGUGUUACGAAAAGCUGGGCAAGUACGAGGAAAUGGCGGAAGCCGGACGUUCCUGCAUCAAGGCGGAUCGGACCUUUGUCAAGGGUUACUUCCGUCUCGCGACGGCGCAAAAGGCGCUCAACGAUUUGGAGGGCUGCGUCAAGACGCUCGAGUCGGGUUUGGCCGUGCAGUCCUCCAACGCGGAUCUCAAGCAGAUGAAGAAGGAUCUCAUCGAGCUCCAGCGGGCCGAACAAGUCGCCGCCUACUGCACCAAGGCCAACGAACAGUUGCAGAACGGUGACGUCGUGGGCGCCUACAAGACGCUCGAUCUCGCCUCCCGACUCGACGCCGGCAACCCCGAUAUCCAAGCUCUCACCAAACGCGUCAAGCCCAAGUAUGACGCCAUGGAAGCCAAGCGUAAGGCCAAUCUCACGGGACCGGAAAUCGCCAAGGAGAAAGGUGACGACGCCUACAAACAGGCACAGUUCGAAACCGCCGUCGAAUUCUACACCAAAGCACUCGACGCCCUCAAAAAGUCCGGACAGGGACAAUCUGAACUCGCGCUCAAGGCAUACGCAAACCGCGCCGCUUGUUACAAGCAAAUCUCCAACUUUGACGGAACCAUCAGCGACUGCACUGCCGUCCUCGAAGUCGAACCGGACAACGUCAAGGCACUCAUCCGACGCGCACAGGCCUUUGAAGGCGUCGAACGAUACCGAUUCGCCCUCCAAGACGUCAAAACCGUACUCGCCAUGCCCUUUCAAAAGGUCGGCAAGACCAAUCUCGAUCUCUCAUGA